UUUUUAUCCCGACCUAGGGAUUCGAAUUCUAGUGUAUUUACUUGGCUAUACUGCUAAUGAUAUCCAAUGCAUUCACGCUCGACCUCGUACCCGCUUAUUGCUCAAUUAUGCUUGUCCCAAGCAGUCUCUGAGCCCUAGCAUUUACGGUCUUUCGCCUUCAUGAUGCGAUUGUGAUGCCACGAGUAGUCGCUGGCAGGCAGUCUCUUUGCGAUCACGAGAAGUGAUGUACAUUCCAAGGUUUUCAAUAGAGAUGAAUAUGCAUAUAAACCCCCCUGGAAGGCUUUGUGUGCUCCGGGGUAUCUACCUACCUAGGUACAUGGUAUGUAUCAAAAAAAUUCGUCACAUGAUUGUGUGGUACAUCGAGAAUGUGGGGCAAAUGCACUGAAUCAUGGUUCUUUACAUGGAACCAAUUCGAUAGUCUACAUGUGCUCCUAAUAUCUCUCCACGGCCUAACCCCGCUUACACGUCACACGAUAAUUUAUAAAAACAUUGGAAUCUAUCAAACACAGUACACCAACUUCUUCGCGCUGACCUUUCCCUUGCGCAUCAAAUCCAACCCUUGCUCAAUCGCUUCCAAACCUCCCUUUUUGUUGAUAUCCACAGGAUGGGGCUUGACUUUUCCAGAAGCGAGAUACUUCUCCAUGACAGUGAUCCAGGCACUGCACAUGAUCAAGUCGUCCUAAAUCUUCAGCACUUACCAAUACCGGUGCCCGCUCGUACAAACCAUCCAGAGCAACCCUCUCCCCAUUAACAGUCCAUGCGAGAAUCCAAUCCGCAUAGACCUCCGGCCUCGUUCCCUUGAUGCGAUCGCUGUACGGUUCCAACGCUGUGUAUCUCCCACCCUUCGACCCCAUGGCCUGAUAGCACAUAGCCAUGGUAACGGCACUCCCAAUACAAUCCAACACACAAUCCAACUUAUCCUUCGUAUACGCCCUAAUCUCCUUCGCACACCCCGGCGACGCAUAAUCAAACACUUUCUUAGCCCCAUACUUUGUAACCAAAGCCGCAUUCCGCGGCGAGCACGUCGCAAUCGGCAAACACCCAAUCUGACUCAACACCUGGAUCAACACCGUUCCCGUCGCCGUGGCACCACCAUUCACCAACACCACCCGCCCACGCGCAGAAUCCGCAACGCUCCUCUUCUUCCCCAGCUCAGGUAGCGACGGCAGCCGUAGCGACCGUACCACAUAUGCCGCCGUGACCAACGCAACCGGUAAACUUGCCGCUGCCUCGAGCGAUAUCCGUGCCGGCACUAGAAUACACAACUCGGAUCUUAUCGCGACAUACUGCGCAAACGCCCCGUUCCCGGGGACCAAGGGGUUAGACCCGAAAACGCAGCCGCACACGCGCGUCCCGAGAGCAAGCGGCUUGAUGCAAUCGCUGCCGACAGCGACAACGGUACCGGAAAAAUCGGCGCCGGCAAUGGCGCCCACGACUGUCGAGAGAUCGAGGAGUUUAUGGUCGGAAGGGUUGAGGGCUACGGCGUGGACUUUGACGAGGACGUGGUUUGGAGCGAAGGAAGGGACGGGUUGGGUGGUUUUCAGUUUGAGCUUCGAAGGGCCGGCUGCUAUCAUGGCAUGGUGGGUUUGGGGGAGUGUUUGCAUCUUGUGUUCGACGAGCAUGUAUUCUUGGGGUACUAGUAUAUUAUGGCACAAAGAUGGAUGUUAUUACUUUUUUUUGUUGUUCAUUGUGAAAUGUCUGGUGUUUGUUUGAUAGCAAUCGCUGUGGAGACGUCCACUGGGCUUUGGAAUUCGACUACCGGUAUCAUCAUCGCAUGAGAACCCCGUCCGACAUGGCUGACUACAUCGGACACCCGGUCGCGCAUUAGGGGCUCAACAGUCAACUCGGACGACCGAGCCAAUAAAAUUCU